GCGUCUCCCCGUGUGCUGUGUAGUAUGGACGCUCUGAAAUCUGUCGGUAGAGCGAUCCUGAGGAGUCCGAGCAUCGCCCGACACACCCGGCGGGUCACCGGACACCACAAACUGGCGGACAGUUGGCCGGAGUCACAUGACACGGAGGGAGCCGCCUUCCAUCUCAAGUACCUGGGCAUGACGCUGGUGGAGAAACCAAAAGGAGAGGACAUGGCGGCCGCCGCCAUCCGCCGUAUCAUCACCAUGGCACGAGCCAGUUCAGAGAAGUUCCGGAAAGUGAUUGUCACGGUGACACCGCGUGGGAUUGACAUCCAGGAGGCGGGCGGGGGACACAGAAUUGAAUACGUCUCCAUAUACAGAAUCUCGUAUUGUACAACAGACAAAGUGCAAAACAAAGUCUUUGCCUACGUGGCCCAGAACCAGUCCAACGGGGCCCUGGAGUGCCACGCCUUCCUAUCCCCCAAGAAAAAGCUGGCUCAGACUGUGACGCUGACCGUGGCUCGGGCAUUCCAGGUGGCGCUGGAUCUGUGGCAGGCCUCCAGGGAAGGUAAGUGACCACGAA